AUAUCAGUGUGCGAAUCCCGCCCGCUGCCCAAGGACGUAUCCUCGUCAGAACGCCGGAAAAACUUAAGCGGCCAAAAGGACGAGUUCAUUUUGUGAAAAAUAAAUAUUUAAGCAUUUGUUUGCUUUUCUGUGGCCUGUUGUCAUCAAUAAAACGAAUUAUGUACGCAUGCAAAAAUCCGAUUCAAAUUUAAACUGCCCACAUGGACUGUUGAUCCAAAUAUUAAAGACAAAUAACAAUAACUGACCGAGCAAAUACUGAAUGGCUUAAAAAAUAUUGAUAUUUAUACGGUUGAGUGGUAGGUAAUGCUUAUUUGGAUAUCCGAAAAAAGGAAUCAAUUUCCAAAAAACAAGCUAUUAAUUGGAAAAACAUACAUACCGUCCCUGAAAAUAAUUACAAGCUUAAUGGCUUUGAUUCAAAAGAAAUUCAAUUCUUAAGUUACAUAAACCGUCGAACAGCAGUUUUUAAAUUCCCCAACCAAAAGUCAACGAGGCUCACAUAAAAAUCUGUGCAACAAAGUUGGCAGCCCAUAAAAAUGCUCUGGACUGGAGUGGGCGAAAAUUAGCAGCCACAUCAAUUUCAGCGCGGCGAGUCAAACUUAAUUAAAACGCGUGUUGGACAGACAAAUUUUCGGGCCGUGUCGAGACUUAAUUGAAAUUUAACCAACCGCUCGCACCGCGAAGCAAAUGCGUUGGCUGGCACUGCUCCUCCAGGCUCUGCUGCCAGGCUAGAUUGCUGCUUUCGAUGCCCACGUCCAUGUCGAUGUCUAUGUCAAAGUCCUUGCCGCACUGAUCGCCCACUGCAGCUGAAGUGCACCAGGAAUAACGAUGCCGCCGCUGCUGCUCGCGUUCAUAUUGCUGCUGCAGCAGCAACAAUUGCUGGCAGGCAGCGCGACCGACCAGCAAUUAACCGGGGCGACUGAUGACGGAAGGUCGCCCGCCGCAUUAAGCGACAAUUUAAAUUCAACGCUUGUACUGUUAGCUGAGAAAACCAUAAAAGCCAUUGAGCUACAGACGAAAGCUGCAUAUGGGGUGGCAGGCGGCGCGACAGAUAAGUUGCAAGUGACACCUGCAAACCAAUUACCUGCGAACACAGCGGCUACCUCCACUCGCCCAGCUGUGCUCCGUACUUUGGAUUCCUUUAUGGCCGCCACAAUGGUAACCGGAAACCAGUUGGGACCAGGCGCACCAAGGGGGAUGAAAAGUGCGGCAACCUUAGAAGCAAACUCGACAACAACAGCACCUCCACGAGCAGCAGGUGUGUCAGUAGCAGCAGAAGCAGCAACAGCAGCAUCAGCAGCAAUAACUGCAGCAAUUCAAGCCACGGCAGCAACAUCGCCGACUCGUGAGCAACACACGCUGCCCCCACGCCCCGCAGUGGGGCAAAUGGCACGGAUAAAUGUAGCAGCAACAAUAGAAGACCAAAUUGAAAGAGCAGUGAUUCCUAGCACAACAAACAAGGCCGAGACACCAGCAACACCCUCUGCCACAUCCACGCCCAGUCCCACGACAGAAAUGUUGCCAGCAAAAACAAAGCGCGGCGAGUCGGACAAGACCAAUAAGAUUGGCCAGAGUGUUCAGAGGUACGAUAUAAAAUUCAAUGAGCACGCCGCACUAACCCAUGGCUAUGCAAAUGCCACAGAGGCGUGGCCAACAAUGACAACUGCCAAUAUUGUGGCAGCGCCAGCCGCACCGACCAUAUCGCCGGCACUAGCGAGCACGGCCACCAGGAUUGGUGGCAAGGCGGUGCCCACGCCCCGGUUACUCGGAUCCGGUGCGGCGAAUGUGGCCCAGAUACUGGCCAAGUCCCUGGACAGUCCGUCCCCGUCAUCGUCAUCCGGCUGGCCGGUUAAGCACGCCGCUGUGCUCGAGGGCGAUGUUAUAUUGGGCGGCCUGAUGAUGGUCCACUCGCGCGAGGACAGCAUCACCUGCGGACCCAUAAUGCCGCAGGGCGGCAUCCAGGCCUUGGAGGCGAUGCUGUACACCUUGGACCAGGUGAACAAGCAACAGCUCCUGCCGAACGUCACUCUGGGCGCCCACCUGCUCGACGAUUGCGACAAGGACACCUACGGCCUGGAAAUGGCUGUCGACUUUAUUAAAGGGUCCAUCAGCAACAUAGAUGACGCGGAGUAUCACUGCAACAAGACGCAGGUGCGCAAGGUCAUCUCGGGGGUGGUGGGUGCCGCCUCCUCGGUCACAUCCAUACAAGUUGCCAAUUUAUUGCGGUUAUUCCGAAUUCCCCAGGUGUCGUACUUCUCCACCAGCCCCGAGCUGAGCAACAAACAGCGGUUCGAGUACUUCUCCCGCACUAUUCCCUCGGAUCACUACCAGGUGAAGGCCAUGGUGGAGAUAGUGAAGCGGAUGGGAUGGAGCUACGUCUCGAUUAUCUACGAGGAGAGCAAUUACGGAAUCAAGGCUUUCGAGGAACUGGAGGAGCUCCUGGCACGCCAUAACAUUUGUAUUGCCAUCAAGGAGAAGCUGGUGAAGGAUUCGGGAGUGGCCGAGGACAUCGCCUACGACAAUAUAGUGCAGAAGCUGCUGACGAAGCCGCGGGCUCGAGGGGCCAUUAUCUUCGGCUCGGAUCAAGAGGUGCGCCAAGUGAUGCGGGCGGUGCGCCGGGCGAAUGCAACUGGUUCCUUCUCCUGGAUCGGAUCCGAUGGCUGGAGUGCCCGGAAUUUGGUGUCCGACGACUACGAACCGGAGGUGGAAGGCACGCUGUCUGUGCAGCCGCAGGCGAAUCCGGUGCGCGGGUUCGAGGAGUACUUCCUCAGUCUGACGGUGGAGAACAAUCAACGCAAUCCCUGGUUUGUGGAAUUCUGGGAGGAUCACUUCCAGUGCCGAUAUCCCGGCAGUACGAGCACUCCGUACAAUAACUACACCAAGCAGUGCACCACAAAGGAGCGACUUUCACGCCAGAACACUGACUUCGAGGACCAGUUGCAGUUUGUUAGCGACGCAGUGAUGGCAUUUGCAUACGCCCUGAGGGACAUGCAUCGCGACCUGUGCGGCGGAGGUCCUUCGCUCUGCGAGGCCAUGAAGCCGACGAAGGGUGCAGACUUGCUCAAAUAUUUGCGAAAAGUGGAGUUUGAGGGCCUCAGCGGCGACGAGUUCCGCUUCGACGGGAACGGCGACGGUCCGGCCCGGUAUAACAUCAUCCACUUCAAGCAGUCCCAGGCGGGACAGUACCACUGGGUCAAGGUGGGCGAGUACACCGAGGGCGAGCUGCGGUUGAACAUGUCGGAGGUGAAGUUCAAGCGGCUGAGUCCCAAGCCGCCGGAGUCCGUCUGCAGCCUGCCAUGUCUGGUGGGUCAGGCCAAGAAGUACGUGGAAGGCGAGAGCUGCUGUUGGCACUGCUUCAAUUGCACAACCUAUCAAAUCCGCCACCCGGAUGACGAGACCCACUGCAAGCUGUGCAAGCUGGGGACUCUUCCCGACGCCCACAAGCAGUACUGCCGCCCCAUCCCGGAGAUAUAUUUGCGUCCGGAGUCCGCCUGGGCCAUCGGUGCUAUGGCGUUCAGUUCGACCGGGAUCCUAGUAACGCUCUUCGUAAUGGGCGUAUUUGUCAGGCACAACGACACGCCCAUAGUGCGUGCCUCUGGGCGGGAGCUGAGCUACAUCCUGCUGGCGGGGAUUUUCAUGUGCUACGGUGUCACCUUUGCCCUGGUCCUGAAGCCGACCAACAUAGUGUGUGCCAUUCAGCGGUUCGGUGUCGGCUUCUGCUUCACGGUCGUUUAUGCAGCACUGUUGACCAAAACGAAUCGCAUUGCACGGAUCUUCAAAGCGGGCAAACAGUCCGCCAAGCGGCCCUCCUUCAUUAGUCCCAAGUCCCAGCUGGUAAUCUGUGCGUGCCUGGUUAGUGUGCAGAUACUCAUCAACGGCGUUUGGAUGGUAAUUGCGCCAUCACAUGCCAUGCACCAUUAUCCCACACGCGAGGAUAAUCUGCUCGUCUGCGAUUCGUACAUCGACGCCUCCUACAUGAUUGCGUUCUCCUACCCAAUCUUCCUGAUUGUUAUUUGCACGGUCUACGCGGUGCUCACGCGAAAGAUUCCGGAGGCUUUCAACGAAUCGAAGCAUAUUGGAUUCACAAUGUACACGACUUGUGUGAUUUGGCUGGCUUUUGUACCGCUCUACUUUGGAACCGCCAACCACGUCCCGCUGCGCAUCACCAGCAUGUCGGUGACCAUCAGCUUAUCCGCCAGCGUGACCAUCGCCUGUCUCUUUUCGCCCAAGCUGUACAUAAUACUCAUACGCCCCGAGCGCAACGUGCGCCAGAGCAUGAUGCCGCCUCGCUACGGCAACAUGCACCGCACCGCUGGCACAGGACCCUCGUCCAUGAUGGCCGCCGCCGUGGUGACCGCCGCCACCUGUGCCCAGGAGGAGAAGAUCCAGAAGCAUAUCACUCCCACAAACACAGAAAACUCGCUAAAGACGAAGAAAUUGUGCGAAAUGGCCACUCAGACAAUUUCCAGUAUAAUCACGUCGCUGGACAUCAAUGCGUACAAUCAAAUACCAUAUGCCGAUCAAUAUGUGCCAAACAAUGCCACAACGGCCACGACCACGCCCACAGAUAAGGGCAGUGGCAACGGCAACAGCAACAGCAAUAGCAAUACGAAUGGUAGUAGCAAUAGCAACAGCAACAGCAACAGCAAUGGCGAUGGCGAUGUGGCAACAGAGAAAGUCGUGGCCAACAAUAAUAAAAUCAAUCAGCGGCAACAUGGCCAGCCGGCCGUGGCAUUUGCCAUCACAUCGACUAACAAUCACAUAAGCGGCCCAGCAGCAACCAUAACAACAACAGCGGCAACUGGCGAAACAACAACAGAGGCGCUGGUGGCUACAAUAACAACUCCAUUGGCAACGGGGGAUGUCAGCGAAACCGUGUCCGUGGCGCCCAACAAUGGUCAUGGAAACGGGAGCCAACGUCCGCCGGUCCUGCAAACAAAUUUAUAGCUAAACGCACAACAAUUGCAGCAGCAGCUGCUGAAGGAGCAGCAGCGACAACAAGCCGAGCUGCAGCAGCAACAUCCGCAGCAGCAACAUGGAACACAAAGCUCUUCCAGCGACACCGGCAGCACGGGCAGCGGCAGUGCGGCGAAGAAGCGGGCCGCAAUUCCCGUUUAGCUGCCACCGGAGAUUCGAGAUUCUCGCAACCAUACGUAAGUAGAGGAAAGUGUCUGUUGACCCAAGCGAUUCCCGGGAUCAGUCUAGGGAUGCGGAAAAGCAGA